CCAGUUCCGAUUGCGCUCGCACGCGCACCCGCUGGAAGUUCUUCCAGCACUGCCGUAGCAGGGCCUUCCGCAUGGCAAGUGCUGCACGUGCCCGGUGACCUGCAGAUCAUGGCCCUCGUGGUGCACGCAGGCCUGGUGACCGACUGCGGAGAUGGCGAGCCCGUCCUGCAGACGAGCAGCGUGGACCUGAGAGAGGAGAUCCAGGGCGCCUUCGAGAAGAUCCUGCUCCCCCAAAUCCAGAAGGAGCUGUCGUCGCUCAAGGAUGAUUUCCAGGACAUGCGGCGGGACUUGCACCUGCUCUCGUCCAGCGGCCCCGCGAGAGUUGGCUCGGCGGUGAGCGGCAAGAGCAAACGGAUCGCUUCCCCAAGCGCGCCGGACGCCACGCUGAGACGGAGCGCUGCCCCCCACGCAGCGGACUCCACACUCAGCAUCGGGAGAGACAACGUCGGUCACGGCAGCAGCGGCGCCAACGGCACACGGCAGUUGCGGGUGUCGGUGCGGAACUCGUCGUGGCAGCCGGCUCAGCCAGCAUGCGCGAAACCGCGCCGGACGGAAGCCGAAGUAAUUAUUCAGACGAAGCCGCCCCGGCCCUCGCUGCGAGUCCCGGGCCUCGUAGUGGGGUUGUACGCCACUCCAUCACAUGGCGCACCUGGACUCCCCAACUCCAUCUCCGAGGCCGAGGACGAGGACAAGGAGGACAAGGAGGGUGCCGAGGGCGAUGAGGCGGAGGAGAGCCCAGUGCACCCCGCGGCGCCCGCCUGCUCCCCGCGCCAGAUGAUGCCGCUGGACCCGGAGCCACCGAUCUCUCUCGCGGACUACGCCAGCCCAGGGAGUCCCUGCCGCACUCCCCGGGAGGGCUCCAUACUCGUUGCGCCGCGCCAGUCCCUGGCGCCGGUGCCCAGCGGCGAGGAGGAGCCGGGUGUGGCGAGGCCGAGGAACCAGGUGUCGUGGCAUCGGGACCUGGACGCUGACGAUACUCCCGCCAGAGACCAUCAGCGGAGAGAGACCACCGGGACUCAGUGGAGAGGCUCCACCGGAGCGUCCUUGCGGGCAGGGGACUCUCGCAACGGAGCUUCACAGUUGAGAUCCAAGGUGCUGAAGGAGUCUCUCAUGGCCGGCAAGUCUCUUGAGAACAUGCGCGUAUCUCUGGCAGUGGCGAACGCCGACAAGAAUAGAAAGACACCGUUCACUGAGUGGAUGCGGAGCCUGGCUCGGCCGGAGACGUACCGCGGCCUGACGCCCGCAGCGGUUCUGCAGAGCGUCAGGUUCGACAACGUCAUCAGCCUUCGGAUCUUGGGGAACGCCCUCACCAUCGGGCUGGAGGCGGACCACGCGGCCCGGAACGUCACGGUGGCCACGCCGUGGCAGUACCGCAGUUUCGAGGUCUUCUUCUGCGUCGUGUUUACUUCGGAGCUCUUGCUGCGGCUGUGGGUUCACAAGCUCAGCUUCUUCCUGACGAAAAACUACGGCGCGUUGUGGAACUACUUCGAUUUUUUGAUCGUCGUCGCGCAGCUGGUUCAGGAGGUUAUUGAGCUUGCGAGGUCCAGCACCUCCGAGAGCAGCGAUGCUGGAAAGCUGAGGGUGUUGCGCAUACUCCGGGUGUUACGGAUUGUGCGCAUCUUCCGAUUGGUGCGCGUCUUACAUCUCAUCAGCGAGUUGCGCACAAUUGUGAGCUCCAUCAUGGGAUCUUUCCGCUCGCUGUUUUGGACAGUCAUUUUGUUGUUAUUGAUGAUGUACAUUGUCGGCGUAUGGUUUCUCCAGUCGGUGACCGACCACUUCAUAGAGCGUACUUAUCUUGACAGCGAUGGUGAUUAUGUCGCCUACUCUUCUGGUGAGGAGAAGCUCAAACUGCACUUCAGCUCGCUCGCUCAGACGGUCCUGUCAUUGUGGCAGUCGUUGUCUGGAGGUGUCGACUGGAGCGACGUGGCCAACCCGCUGAUCUCGGAGGUUCAGCCCCUUCUCGGCAUUGCAUUCGCCGGUUUCAUCGCCUUCGCACUGCUGGCGCUGAUGAACGUUGUCACAGGUGUGUUCGUCCAGACAGCACUCAAUACCGCCGAGCGCGAAGAGGAGAAUUUCCUGACAGACCAGAUCAUCCAGCUCUUUCACAAGUGCAGGAAUGAAGACCAUUGGGGGUACAUCAACCAGGAGGACCUCGAGCAGCGCCUGGAUGACCCAGAUAUGGCCAACGAGUGGAAGAAUAUCAACGUGAGCGCCGACGAGGCCAAGUACGUGUUCGCGUUGCUCGAUGUUGAUGAAAAUGGUGAGGUGCAGUUCGAGGAGUUCUUGAGCGCAUGUUUGCGCCUGAAGGGCACCGCGAAGUCGCUUGACAUGCUCAUCCAACUGCAGGAGUCCCGUCACGCCAAGAAGGUGCUAGAGGACAUGCUCACGGGGAUCCAGGACAACGUAGCCAGGUUGUCGGACUCGCUCCUGGAAAAGUUGAGCGCAUUGCAAAACGAUGCGUCGAAUGCCCUGAAGCAGCGAGGCACUGAUGAGACUGAACCGUCGACGACAGACCAGGGCGACCCGACACUGAUUGAUUUCGUGACGCCGUCCACCUCUGACGACGAUGUGUGA